AUGAGACGAUACAACUAUGCGAACGCCGGAGCAUGUACAUGGCAUUCCGAUUGCAUGGCAGGUCGUCACGCCGGCUCUACUGCACGCCGCGAACGACAUAGCCGCCCACCCGGUCAACGAGAUUGGCAAACACGAGAGCAUCGUGUGCAAGUGCACGAGGAAGGCGAGGGCGCGGGGCAGGCUUUCCAACGGUGGAUGCAGCAUCACCAACGCCAGGGCAUAUUCCAAGAGAGGUGAGUUUUCCCGAACCGACCUUCCCACAACCUCAACUGCAAGAAGGGGGAGAAUGUCUCCACGUGGACUACAUGGCGGGCGGUCUUGCUGCUUACUAUGUUUGACACGUGGUGGAAUGAGCCUUUUCUCUGUGGUUGAGCAUCAAGUCAAGUACAGCAUACUCGCCGUUUUGCUGGCCGUCGUUGCCGAAUCUGGGUGUGGUUUUCUCCAUUGCAUUGUCGCACGGUUGUUCCCGAUUGUAACUAGCGAUCGUUUGGAGUUUUCAGCAAUUUCGUGCACGUCGAGAGCCGGCGGUCCUGCUGGUUUGAAGGAGCAGGCAAGGUAUGCGUGACAGCACGCAUGCAGUGAGUGCCCCCCGCCCCUCUUGGUUUGUUACUCCAAAGUAUUGCUUCGUGCAGAUGCAGUUUAGGCCAGACGUGUUCCGUUUUAUUCUGCACGUGUCAGAAUUCCCCGAUUAGAGUCGCCCCGGGGGUGAUAUUUUCGUUUUU